GUGUGCGAGCUGAAGGCGUACAGGGCGAGAUGCUGUUGAUGCUACAGCUGUUUGGGCUCCAUGUCUCCUUCAGGGCCCACUGAAGAAGACAAGACUGCACGUGCACUGGGGAACUUCAACACAGCAACCUGAGGACCUUACAACUAUCACUUUUUAACCCAAUUUCCUCACCAUUCUUGCAUCUUUAAGACUUAACAAAACAAAGAGAAAACAAUGAGGACCAAGUGGUGUCAACUGGUUGCACAGUUCUUUCUCUUAGAAGUGUUGCUCUCUGUGGUGGACAGUAAAGGAACUUUCUAUGGGGGCCAUGUCAAUCCUUUUUAUGGAAACAGAUACAACCUGUAUAAGGCUGGACUCAACCCUCACCACACACCAAACAAGCCCAUGACUCGCCACAAAAACCAUUGUGCCUACGUUGUCCAGAAGAAUAUUACAUGCACCAUGCAGGAUGGAGUGGCCACCUAUGUGAAGGCUGAGUACACCACCAAGUGCAUCUGGGGUCAGAAAUGUCCAGUUGUCAUGUACAGGACAUUCUACAAACCAAAGUACAAGGUGGGCUAUAAAACAGUGACUGAGCUGGAGUGGAGAUGUUGCCCUGGCUACUCUGGGGAGAGCUGCUUUGAUGGACCCACGUCACUGCCUGACGUCAUGAUUCCACCUUUAAAGGGAGCAGGUUUUCCUCAUCGCCCUGGGAUGAAGGGCUUCCCCUAUGGCCCUAGACCUCCUGUGGACCAGAGGCCUGGAAGUGGCCAGUUUGAGCCAGGCAAACCCUACCCCAAUGUACCUGACCACAGACCAAUACCCACAGGACAACUGCCUGCUGGAAAUGGAAAACCAAACUAUGGGAACAAAUUCGGGAUUUCAGGAGUGACUGGUGAACGUUUGGACCGUAUGGAGGAGGACCUGCGCCGCCUCACCCAGGGUCUAGACACUCUCAACGGGGUGGUGGCUGGCCUCGAGGAACGACUGCGAACAUCUCUUCGGGAAGACACCAACAAAAUCUUGGUGUCCCUGCUGCCCAAUCCUCCUCGUGUGCCCGACUCAACAGUGGGAUUUGGAGUGAUAACAGAUGGGACUCCUGAUGGAUUGGAAGGAGGAGAAAGCUUCACUGGAUUUGGGGACCUUGCAGUGAAGGUAACAGAAGUUAGCGAUCAGCUGCGGGUCAAGACUCACAUCAUAGAGGAGAUUCAGGGAAUGGUCCUGGGUCAUGAUGGCCAGCUGAAGAGGCUGUUGGAAGGAGCUGACGGCAAGCCCAUCCCUGGUCCUAGCACCACCUUUCAACUGGACGAGAUCGUGGAUGCCAAGUUGGCUGACCUGCGGGCUGAGAUCCUGGAUGGUUUUGAGCGCCGUCUGACUGGUCUAGAGAGCCACUGUAAUGAGAAGAUUGGGGCAGUGCAGAAGCAGUGCCAUAGGGAGCACAUGGAUGGCCAGGAGCAGAUGCAGCAGUCCCUGGAUGGAAGAGAGACUGGGCUCAGGGAGGAGUUGGGCACUUUGCAGGCUCAGAUCCAGGGCCUAACUCUAACCGAGAGCUGCUGUGGACAGGUAAACAGCCUGUCCCAGCGUGUGCUGCUGCUGGAGGAGUCAGUUAAAGGUCUCACAGAAUCUCAGAGACAGCUACAGGCAGCCCUCACUGACCAGAGCAUCCAUGUGGAGACACUGAUUGAAACCCGUCUGGUGGACAUAGAGGGCCGCCUCAAUUCCACCGAGGGUGGACCUGAUGGAAUAGGAGGGUUUCCUGGUGGUCUCGAUGGCUUCAAGAAUAUGCUAGAGGACAAGUUGAAAACCCUGGAGGUGAGAGUGUUUGUGGCUGUGGAGGAGCUCAGCAAUGCCACUGCACCGGCACUGCUGGAGGGCCAGGUUGUCCCUGCGCUGGAGACAGAGAUUGAGUCUUUGAGGAGGAGAGUAGAGGGGGACCUGGGCAGCAUUCAUAAACAGUUAAUAGACCUGGAGCUUCUUUGCACCUCUUCCUGUGCACCCUCCACCCCUUCAGCAGGGGGUGUCUCUGGUGUGGAGGAGGAGUGGGAUGGGAUGGAAAAGAAGAUGACUGACCGUCUGGACUCCCAUUCAGAUCAGCUGGACCGUCUAAACAAUACUCUGCAGAACUUGCUCUUCCGUAUCGCCCAUGAGGACUCUGAGGGCUCAGUCCAAGGAGAGAUCACCCUGCUGAAGGUCAACAUUAACUCUGUGAACCGUUCUCUGAAAGGCCUAAAGGACUCUAUUCACUUCAUUGCAAGUGAAGUGGGCCAUGCUAACUCCACCUGGGAGCAGAGAGAGCACCACCUAGUCAACCAGAUGCAUGGAAUCACUAAACUAGUGGGCCAUCAAGCCUCGCUCCUGGGGGCUGGGGAGAGGCGGCUGGCCCAGCUGAAGGGAGAACUGGUGGCCUUGAAGAGAAGGCUAGCUGGGGAGCUUCAAGGCUGCCGGAGCACAGCAAUAGAGGUGCAGAGGGAGGUGAAAGAUGUUGAUAGCAGGGUUAGCCAGGUAGAGGGCCAGUGCAACAGCCUGGGGGAGCUGGCAGAACACCUAGAGAGGAUCAGGGCUGAGCUUGAGAGACACUCAGACUCCUACCUGGCUCAGGUGAAUGGCACCCUGGCCAACCAUUCGGAACAGCUAGCUGAGCUGAAAGGAGAGGUCAAAGACAGUGUGGCCAAGGAAGCAUCCAACCAAAAAGGAGACCAGUAGCAUCUGAGCUACAGAAGUUUUUUGUUUUUUAGAUUUUUUUUUUUUUAAAGAGAGACUUGUGUGUGCUUCUCACUAGGCUCAAGUGACUUCCUCUGCUUCUCUCCUCCCCUUUUCAAACACCAUCUGCAUAGAUGCUUAUUAACGGAAGCGGUGAAAGUCAUUUCCCAUAAGCCCCCUACCCCAGAGCCUCCCGAUGCCCUGGGUAUUUAGUUUAGUGAAGUGAGGAGAGGGAGACACAGAAUACAAAGACACACCUAUGGUUGUAUAGCUGGGCUUUUCCCUUUGAGAUUUUAUUCUAUAGGGCAUUUGUUUUAUUUUUUUUCUGGUCAUGAUUUUUUUUCACAUUUGACCUUUUUUAACUUAUAUGAAGUGACUGCAUAGUUAUGAUGUUAAACUGUAUUAGACAUAUUGCAAAAAAUUAUUUUAAAAAAAGUGAAUGAUGUGGGACUAAUACGCUGCUACGGGUUGCUACUGACAAACACACUCAACAUCCUCUGUGUGGACACUUGUCUGGUCUUUUUUAAACGAAUACUGUAUGUCAACUUGGUGCUAUUUACAUUUUUGUAAACAUUUGUUUUUACAAAUGGUAAAAAAAAUGACAUAUGUCUGCUUUGACAGCUGUGUUUUUUUCCUGCCGCAUUGCUUCAGGUUGCAGAGAAGUACCAAAAUUCACCAUUGGGGGACAGCAAUAACACAUUAAAUGGCAUGGUAGA